AUGUCGCUCCAUUUGGGGCUGAUCCGGCCCGUGAAGUUCACGGUGAACAGCCUACGAGAAAUUAUCUCUUGGUCGAUGAUUACGUGUGGUUAA